AGAACCACCACCACCAUUCCUACCGGCCAUGACGAACGCCACCAGAGAAGUGUAUGGAAGUGUGAGUCGCAGGGACUUCCCUCCCGACUUCCUCUUCGGCGUCGCCACCUCUGCAUACCAGGUGGAAGGAGCCUCCAAGGAGGGCAACCGAGGCGCUAGUAUUUGGGAUGCCUUUUCCCAUACUCAAGGCAAGAUUUGUGAUGGUAGCAAUGGCGAUGUAGCGGUGGAUCAGUAUCAUCGUUACCUGGAAGAUGUUGACAUCAUAUCCAAGUUGGGAUUUGGUGCUUAUCGUUUUUCCAUAUCGUGGUCCCGUAUAUUCCCUGAUGGUUUAGGAACCAAAGUCAAUCAUGAAGGCAUUGCUUACUACAACAAUCUCAUUAAUGCUCUUCUUGACAAGGGUAUUGAGCCUUAUGUAACUUUAUACCACUGGGAUCUCCCUCUAUAUCUUCACGAGUCAAUGGGAGGGUGGUUAAAUGAGCAGAUUGUAAAAUAUUUUGCAAUUUAUGCGGAAACUUGCUUUGCAAGUUUUGGUGAUAGAGUAAAGAACUGGAUCACAUUAAAUGAGCCUCUUCAAACUGCGGUGAAUGGAUAUGGUGUUGGAAUAUUUGCUCCUGGAAGGCAGGAACAUUCAUCAACAGAGCCAUAUUUGGUUGCACAUCACCAGCUCUUAGCCCAUGCUGCUGCUGUUUCCAUAUACAGAAACAAAUAUAAGGACAAGCAAGGGGGACAAAUAGGCUUGGUUGUUGAUUGUGAAUGGGCUGAGGCUUUUUCAGAUAAAAUUGAAGAUAAAGUUGCUGCAGCAAGGCGUCUUGAUUUUCAGCUUGGAUGGUUCUUGGAUCCAAUAUAUUUUGGAGACUAUCCUGAAGUCAUGCAUGAAAAACUUGGAGAUCGGCUUCCAAAGUUCUCAGAGGAACAAAUAGCAUUGCUCAUGAAUUCAGUAGACUUUGUUGGUCUGAACCACUAUACUUCAAGAUUUAUUGCUCAUAAUGAGAGUUCUGUGGAGCAUGAUUUCUAUAAAGAUCAAAAGUUGGAGAGAAUUGCUGAAUGGGAUGGGGGGGAGGUCAUCGGUGAAAAGGUAUGGUUCAAUUCUCUGAAAUACAUGCUCACAUAUGAACUACACAUGUGCACCAACAUAUAUGUUUGUUUGUUUGUUUUGGUUCUACUUAAGAUAUUUUUUACAUGGCAGGCAGCAUCACCAUGGCUUUAUGUGGUUCCUUGGGGUAUCCGAAAAGUUCUCAAUUACAUAGCUCAGCGAUACAACAGUCCCCCAAUAUAUGUUACUGAGAAUGGAAUGGAUGAUGAGGACAACGACACUUCCCCACUCCAUGAGAUGCUUGAUGACAAACUGAGAGUUUUUUACUUUAAGGGAUACCUUGCCUCAGUUGCGCAGGCAAUGAAGGAUGGAGUUGAUGUGAGGGGAUACUUUGCAUGGUCGUUACUAGACAACUUUGAAUGGUGUCAAGGUUACACCAAACGUUUCGGUUUGGUUUACGUGGACUACCGGAACGGCCUCUCUCGCCACCCCAAAUCUUCGGCUCUCUGGUUCUUGCGCUUCUUGAGAGGUGACCCCGUGAAAAACGGGAAAGAAGAGUAAUAUGAAAUGAAUGUGAGUAUUUAUAUAUAAUAAAUGUUAUGAAAACAGCAAUAUUAGCAUUCCAUCUAAUGUAUCUUUUAUCAUGGUUCCUGUCAUUUAUGCAUUGGAUAAUUGAUGCCCUCCCCAGAGUCAUUUUUAAAUCUACUAUUAUCACAACAUAUGAAUGAAGUAGGUAGGGUGCAGAAACACCAUUGUUGUAUA